GGUGUGAGCUCUGCCAGCUUUAGGUUCCGUGAAGCAGUCUCAGUCAUGGCGGUGAUGACCCGGUUCCCAGCGGGAUGGAGGACUUUCCCGACCCAGCAUCUGGUUUUCAUCUCGCGCACGCUGCACAAGUCCGCAGCCAGCGAGGCUCUGGAGAUCCCCGCCCCCGGAGAGGAGGCCCUGACCGGCCGGCUGAUGGUCCCGGAGGUCCUGAACAAACCCUCAUACAAGUCCCUGAAGACGGAGAUCAAGAGCCUGAAGGAGAUGCCGGGACCCGGCAUGCUCUCCAACCUGUUCGAGUUCUUUUGGAGAGACGGGUUCAGCAGAAUCCAUGAAAUCCAGAUGGAGCACCGGCUGCAGUACGGGAAGAUCUUCAAGUCCUACUUCGGGCCCCAGCUGGUGGUCUCGAUUGCAGAUCAGGACCUUGUGGCCGAGGUUCUGCGGGCUGAGGGCGUGGCCCCUCAGAGAGCCAACAUGGACUCCUGGAAGGAGUACAGAGACGGGAGGGGCCGUUCCACUGGCCUCAUCUCGGCUGAGGGGGAGGACUGGCUGAAGAUGCGAAGCGUCCUCAGACAGCUCAUCAUGCGUCCCCGAGACGUGGCCGUCUUCUCCGACGACGUGAACCAAGUGGUGGACGACCUCAUCAGGAGGGUGUCCCACCUGCGAGCGCAGCAGCCCGACGGAGUCACCGUCACCAACGUCAACGACCUCUUCUUUAAAUAUGCCAUGGAAGGAGUGGCGGCCAUUUUGUACGAGUGCAGACUUGGAUGUUUGGAAAAUGACGUCCCAAAGGAAACUCAGGACUACAUUGCUGCUCUGAACCUGAUGUUCAGCACCUUCAAGACCACCAUGUAUGCCGGAGCGAUCCCCAAGUGGCUCCGCCCCAUCAUCCCCAAACCCUGGGAGGAGUUCUGCAACUCCUGGGAUGGACUCUUCAAGUUCAGCGUCGUUCAUGUUGACAAGAGGUUUCGGGACAUCAAGGCCCAGCUGCAGCGAGGCGAGGAGGUGAAGGGGGGUAUGCUCACGCACAUGCUCACUACGAUGGAGAUGAACCUGGAGGAGAUCUACGCCAACGUAACCGAGAUGCUCCUGGCCGGGGUUGACACGACAUCCUUCACCUUGACGUGGGCCAGCUACCUGUUAGCACGACACCCUCACGUUCAGGAGCAAAUCUACUUGGAGGUCAGGCAGACUCUGGGGCCCGAGACGGUCGCCACAGCUGACGACGUCCCCCGCCUGCCUCUCAUCAGAGGCCUCGUGAAAGAGACGCUCAGGCUUUUCCCAGUUCUCCCAGGAAACGGACGGAUAACCCAGGAUGACCUGGUGGUCGGUGGAUACUUCAUCCCUAAAGGGACCCAGCUGGCUCUGUGCCACUACUCCACAUCCAGGGACGAAAAGAACUUCCCCAAUGCCUCCGACUUUCAGCCCGACCGCUGGGUACGAAAAGACUCCGCGGACCGCGUCGACACCUUCGGCUCAAUUCCCUUCGGUUACGGCAUCAGGAGCUGCAUCGGCAGGAGAAUCGCGGAGCUGGAGAUGCAUCUAGCUCUCACAAGGCUCAUCCAGAGGUUCCACAUCGCAGAGUCUCCUCUCACGACUGAAGCUAAAGCUAAAACCCAUGGCUUGCUCUGCCCUGCCACCCCCGUCCACCUGCAGUUCACCCCACGAGCCAGCUAGAUCCGUCUCCAGAGGUUCUGCUUCACUGGAUCC